AUUUAGCACGUCAUAAAUAUUGUACUUCACGAUGAAUAUGUCAAUCGCAAACGACUUAAGUUUAUCUCGCGACGACUUGUUUAACGCUGAUACGGAGCAAUCAGAAACUAAGCUCACAAAAAAAUUAUGGGUAGAACCUACGAAGCCUACGCAGAUGCCGAAUGUUCUAAAUCCGGAUGACUCCUUGAUGAAGAAAUUCCAGUAUACUCUACGAGAACAUCUUGCCCGUGUUGAUAAAAAGUUGAGCGAUGAAAUAUUAGAACUUGAAGCUCAGAUAAAAUCUAUUGAGAAAGAACGGGAGGCUGCAGGCUUACAGUUAUAUUACGCUCAACAAGAAAUAGCAAAACAGCAAAUGUCAAUUGAGAAAUAUCAAAGCAUGAUAGGAAAUGUGAUUUCACUGCGUGAAGAGAAAGAUACACAUGUAAAAGAUGCAAAGAACUUUCAUAAAGCUGCUCAUGCUAAAUUGCUCGAUGAGAAAAAGAAAGAAGAGAGUUUUACUUAUGAAUUAGAACAAUUUACAGCUCUGCAAGCAAGAUUCGCAGAAUGGCAGACUGAAUUGGAAAACAGUUUGGCUAUUUCCAAACAAGUAUCAAAGAAGGACAGAAUAAUUCAGCAAGAAUUAAUUGCUCAGAAACAGCAAAAAGACUGUAUAAUAUUUAAACUUAUGGAAGAAGUAUGGAGAAUCAAAACUGAGAUAGCUAAUUUGGACAUGCAGUUACAGUUGAAAAAUAAAGAGAAAAUUGAGAUAAAUCAGACGAUCGCCGACGUUAACACUGACCUGGAAGCAUUGCACAAGCAACAUGCAAAUUUAUGCAGUGCGUGGAAUUCUGUAGUACUGAAUAUCACUAAGAGAAACAAAGUUUAUGAACAAUUGAACACAGAACGCGAGAAAAUAUGCGACUCUUUCAACACGUUACGUGCGGAAAUAGAGAAAUUAAAGAAAGACACUUCUAACGAAGCAGAGAAUAACGAAACUUUGACGUCGUUACAUAUACGAUUAGAGGACAAUAUACAGACUAAUUCAAAACAGGCAACGAUGGAAAAUGAUAAACUUGACAAUCUGCAAUCUGAAUUAGUAAAGUUAGCAAAAUUUAGCGAACAGGAACAAUAUGAAUAUGAUUUAAUUAAUGGCGAAUGGCAAUGUUUAUUACAUGAAGAGGAGGAAAUUGAUAAAGAAUUGACUAAAUUCUUGAAUAAGUACAACGAAUUAGAGAAUGUAAUAUACAGCAAGCUGGAGGAAAAAGUAGCACAUGAUAAAACGGCGCGCUAUUUGAAUAAAUUAUUAUUAGAUUCUAAAAAGUCAACGCAAGAACAAGAAUUAUUGCUUGUGGAAACCGAAAAUUCAUAUGGUAAGAAAUUGUUGGAAUUGGAGCAACUUAAUUCGGCCAUUCCUCAGGAAAAGUUGGAAUUUGAAGAACUUUUGCUAAAUAAUACCACAAGAAGCAAAGAGAUAGAUGAGAUACAGAAAGAAAUCAAGAAACACGACAUAAUAUUUGAAAGAAAGCAAGUGAAAAUUGUUACUUUGAAUAAAAUUAUUGAAGAGGUGUUAUUGCAUACGGGCGGCGAAGAAAUUAGUCCUCUUGAUAUAAAGAUGACUAGCUUGGAAAAGAAUAUUGAGGAGGUGCAAUGGAAUAAUCAGAAAGCACAACAAUACUGGGUUCGUCAGGAAGGACACAUGAUUACAUUGAGUCAGCAGAGAGAUUUACAACUGCAGGAACUCAAUCUUCUUAACAAAGAAAUAAUGAUAAUGGAACAGAAGAAUCUGAAGAUAGAACAUGCUCUAGAAAUGCUCACUAAAGAAGAAUCUAAUAUGGAGAAAAUAUUAAAUCUGUUGCAACAAAGAUUAGUACAGAUGAAUGCACAGUUAGUCAUUCAGAAAGGUCUGAAAGAGGAAUUAGAAGAUAAGAAUUUUAUUACCAAAAACGAGAGUAUACAAUCUCUCAAAGAUACGGAAUUGAAUUUGAUAAAGUUGCAAAGUGAUCUGAAGCAGUUGUAUGAGGAAAAAGCAUCCUUGAAGAGCAAUUUAGAUACAAUGCAACAGGAAAGUUUAUCAUGGGAGAAGAAAAUGAAACUAAUGCAAGAAACUAUAAAAAGCUUGAGGGACGAACGCAGUAGCGGUGGAGAUAUCGCAGUAAUGAAAAGUGAAAUUCACAAAAUGGAAAUGCGUCUAUCGCAUUUGCGUAGAGCGCAAGAAAAAUUGAUACAUGACAUGGAGUUUUGUGUUGCACGCAGGGAUGUUAUGUUAGACAAAGUUAUGGGUAAAUUUAAAAAAGAUCCGAAAGGUCAACACAAUCAGAAAGUUAUAUUUCAUAAACGUCUGGCUGAUCAAAAGUUAAAGAUUAAGCAAAUCAUUAAGGAUACCAAAAAAAUUGAAAGCAGAAUACAAGAGUUAGACGAUCAAAUAAAAGAUGUAAUAGAAAAGUGUAACGAAGCACGUGUAACGUUCAAAACGAUAGAAAACGUUGUCCCGAAUGUAGAUCAGGAAAUUAUACAAACGGAAGCUAUUAAAUAUCAUAAUUUACAAUCACUGGUCUUUAAACAACGAAAAGUUAAAAUGUUCCAAGAUAUUAAAAACGGCCGAUACAAAAUGCUGUUUAAAAAUGAAGCAGCAUUGAGUGAAGAAUUCCAAAAUGAACAAAUCCUUCAUGAUUAUUUGAAACAUGUAAUGGAACGAACAAGUCAAGAUUUCCCUUUAUUAAAAAAUAAUAUCCAAAAGAUACUUUUAACAUUGGAAAUAUUAUAAAAUCCCAAUAAAUGUUAACAAAAAUGUAAAACAAUU